AUGUCUGACGACUGGGAGACGGAUCCAGAUUUCGUGAAUGAUGUGUCUGAAAGAGAGCAACGUUGGGGUUCUAAAACGGUUGCUGGAUCAGGCAGGCAACCCUCGAUUGACAUGGAAGCCUUGAGAAGAGAAGUGAUCGAGGCGGAUCAAAACGCCAAGUUAAAAGCGGCAUCGAAUCUAUCAUAUGGAUAUGGAGGCAAAUUCGGAGUAGAGACUGAUCGAAUGGACAAGUCCGCUGUCGGUCAUGACCACAUCGAACCGGUUGAGAAACACAGUUCUCAGAUUGAUUAUCGAACCGGUUUCGGUGGAAGGUUUGGAGUUCAAUCGGACAGGCAAGAUAAGUGUGCUGUAGGCUGGGACCACGUGGAGAACGUGGAGAAACAUCCAUCUCAGAAGGACUACGCUAUCGGAUUUGGCGGAAAAUAUGGCGUUCAAGAAGACAGGCAAGACAAAUCAGCUGUUGACUGGAGUUAUCGGAGCGAGAGCACACCACACGCAUCACAGGCGAAUGUACCCAAAGUUAGUUAUGCGAACGGUGAGCAUCAAGCCAAAACUUUGGACGCUGUCAAUCCAUCUUCCGAUGGUGAAAAUGAAACGAAACUGCACCCAUCCCAAAUGAAAGCGGAUGUUCCCAACUUGAGCGGCAGCGUUGCCGCUCUGCGGGACCGUUUUAACGCAAAACCACAGGCUGGCACGAAUCGAGCAGUUCGCUCAGUCGCUCAACAGAGGGUUUGCGCUGAUCAAUUUCGUUGGAAUGAGGGUAACAAGACAAGCACAAGGGCACAAACUGAUAGGAACUCACCUGUACUGGUGUCUGAAGCUCCCAGCCAACUCGAGGAAAACCCCAAACAGGUCUCCCCAGUCUUCCCACCCCCCACCGCCAUCUCGGAACCUGUUAACGAACCUGUCCGCAUGUGCACAGCUGUCGCUCUUUUCGACUACACUGCCGUGGAAGAUGACGAACUAACUUUUUCCACCGGUGAACUCAUCACAGAGAUUGAGAAGAUAGACCCUGGCUGGUGGAAGGGAGUGUGUCGCGGGAAAAUUGGCCUUCUCCCUUCCAAUUACGUUCAGGAGCAGUAA